AGUAGUGGGGCCAGAAAUUUUUUACCGGUUGUCUCAGCAAGAGAAUAAAUUGGUUGCCGUGUUUCCAUGUAUAGUACUGCUGCCUCUCCAUUAUAUUUAUAGUAGUGUAUACAUCCUUGAUGGCCUUCUUGUUGUUAUGCUUAGUGGGUUUAAGUCACACAAAAUGUGAUUUUGAGGCUAUCUUCAACUUCGGGGAUUCAAACUCAGACACUGGUGGUUUCUAUGCAGGUUUUCCCGCACAGUCUGCUCCUUUUGGAGUUACUUUCUUCAAAAAACCAGCUGGCCGAGCUUCCGAUGGCAGACUCAUGAUUGAUUUUCUUGCUCAAGCUCUUGGAUUGCCAUUUUUGAGUCCCUAUCUGCAAUCAAUAGGAUCAAACUUCAGACAUGGGGCCAACUAUGCAACAUUGGCAUCCACUGUGCUUAUUCCUAACACUUGUUUGUUUGUCAGCGGGAUCAGCCCUUUCUCUCUUGCUAUCCAGCUCAACCAAAUGAAGCAAUUUAUAACCAGAGUCCUUGAAUUUCAUCAAGAAGAAGCCAAGCUUCCUUCACCGGAUAUAUUCGGAAAAUCGCUUUACACAUUCUACAUUGGCCAAAAUGACUUCACUUCCAACUUAGGUGCCAUUGGUGUAGGUGGAGUGAAGCAGAAAUAGGUGCCACAAUUAAGGUGAGACUCAACACCAACACAGAUCUAUUAUUAAAUAACAAAAUAAUAGUUCAGACAUUGAUGAAUUUGGAUGUAUGGUUUCCUUUGAAAGAGACAUUGAGACAGACUAGAGAGACUCUCUCUGAUGUACACACUGUUCUGUUAGAGCUCUUUCAGCAUCCAACUUCUCAUGGUUCAAAUCAAACACUUCUCCUUCAUAUCUAUAUAUAAGUUUAAUCACUUCUCAAAACGGUUUAUAUAUUCUUUGGAACACGGAUAAAGUAUGGCACGAAAGCAUGUUGCGGAUAUGGAGGGGGAAAGUACAAUUUCGCAGAGUGACAGCAACAGCAUGUGAUGAUCCUUACAACUACGUAACCUGGGAUGGGAUCCAUGCAACAGAAGCUGCAAACAAGCUUGUUACCUAUGCCAUUC